CACUUUUUGCUAACAGCUAUAAAUGCACACACCUAUUUUCUUUUAUUCUUGCUUUAUCUUUACUGUUUCUCUCUCUCUCUCUCUUUCUGUGUUUCCUCCAUUACAACCCAAGCUUCCUUUCCACCUUUCUUUAAGGUCCCACAAUCAUCUUCCUCAACCACACUUCCACUAUCCACCAAACCCUUUUCCCUUUUCUACACUUUUUUCUUCUUCUCCAUAAUCCACCCAUUUUUUUUCUCUCUCUGUAUUUUUCCAUUUCCCAUUAAAAAUAACAUUUUUUUCUCUUCUUUUUCAUCUUAUCCUUAUUUCUCAUUGACCCAUUUUCCCUCUUUAUCUCUUCUAGCUAAAACUCUAAAUUUUUUUUUGUAGUUUAUUUAUUAGAUAGGGUUUGUGUUUUUUUUUUUGUGUGCUCAGCAACAAGACCCUUUUUAAAUUUUUUUUUUAUAGGUGAUGAAGGAAGAAGAUCAAAGAGGGUAACUUAGAUCAAUACAAAGAUUGGAAUGUGUUGAUUAUACUAUCAGAAGAGUUUGGAGGAUAAAGAUUGAUUUGUAAUAUCCGAUUAUGUCUUCCAACUUUUCUUUGCAAGUGGAAUUAUCGAAGAAAACUUCAGUUUGGGGUUUAAGGCUAUGGGUUUUGAUCGGAAUAGGCGUUGGUGCGUUUAUAGUUCUUAUUCUUUGUAUAUUAUCUACAUGGAUACUGUUUCGGAGGAAAACAAGGAGAUCCGUAAACGUAGACAAGUACUCGUUAUCACAAAUACCUCACGACUCGAAGGAUAUCAAAGUUGACAAAGUUGGAGUGAAUCCGUCUCAUGAUCAAGUAGAGAGUGUGUCUGUUCAUGUUCAUGAUAAUGCGGCAAACGAUAAGAAUUCAGAUUCAGAUAAGUUGUUUGUUCAUUUGAGCAAAUCAAGCGAUCCUGAUAAUGUUAGUCGGUGUAGCUCGGUUUAUCAUCACGAUAGAGGGUUAAGUUUGAUGUCAAUAGAAGAUGGAAACUUUGGACCUGUUAAGAAGCAGUAUACGGUAACUGCGUCUCCUCUGGCUGGCUUGCCCGAGGUUUCUCAUCUUGGGUGGGGCCAUUGGUUCACACUAAGAGAUCUUGAGCUUUCGACUAACCGUUUUGCCGCGGAGAACGUGAUUGGCGAAGGCGGAUACGGAGUUGUCUACAAGGGAAGAUUGAUCAAUGGGUCUGAGGUGGCAGUGAAGAGACUUUUUAACAACUUGGGACAGGCAGAGAAAGAAUUCAGAGUUGAAGUCGAUGCUAUAGGCCAUGUCAGACAUAAAAACCUUGUGCGCUUACUUGGAUUUUGCAUAGAAGGAGUUCACAGAUUGCUCGUGUAUGAGUAUGUGAACAAUGGUAACUUAGAACAAUGGUUGCAUGGGGCAAUGAGCCAACAUGGGGUACUCACAUGGGAAGCUCGCAUGAAAGUUAUUCUCGGCACAGCCAAAGCGCUUGCUUACUUACACGAAGCAAUAGAACCAAAAGUUGUUCACCGGGAUAUAAAGUCUAGCAACAUUUUGAUUGAUAGCGAGUUUAACGGAAAGGUUUCUGAUUUUGGUUUAGCCAAACUUUUAGAUUCAGGAGAAAGUCACAUAACUACCAGAGUAAUGGGAACAUUUGGUUACGUUGCACCAGAAUAUGCGAACUCCGGCUUGUUAAAUGAGAAAAGCGACAUUUACAGCUUUGGUGUUCUCCUACUCGAAGCAAUUACCGGAAGAGACCCUGUAGACUAUACACGUCCUACAAACGAGGUGAAUCUUGUUGAGUGGCUCAAGAUGAUGGUGGGGACAAGGAGAGCUGAGGAAGUUGUGGACUCGAGCAUUGAAGCGAAACCGCCGACACGUGCUUUAAAGCGUGCUCUUCUUGUUGCAUUUAGGUGUGUCGAUCCUGAGGCUGAGAAGAGACCUAAAAUGAGUCAGGUUGUGAGGAUGCUUGAAGCCGAAGAAUAUCCGUUCAGAGAGGAUCGAAGAAAUAGAAAGAGUCGCGGCGUCAGCAUGGAUAUUGAAUCUAUAAAGGAUAACUCUGGUCCUUCUUAUACCGAUAAGAUGAAAGGUUCCGAAGAAUGCACAGUUGAGACACCUGAAAGGAUUAAUCAAGAACAUGAUACACCAAAUUUGCAAGGAUAGAUGGAGGAGUGAGUGUUGGUUGGUUAGUGUUAGUUUGUACAGAUGUCAUCUCGCGAGCCGAUCUCCUCUGAAGAACAUGAUUGCUGUUGUGUUUGCUGAUGGAGGGAGUGGUGAUGAGAAAAACUUGAUAUUUGAUUUCAUUAUCCUUUGAUUUUUCUUUUAAGUUAUAUGUAUAUGCUACAAAAAGUAUCUAGUGAAUUUAUGAUAUGCCUUUCUUUUAAAUUA